AUGCUUCAUUAUAAUAUGAGAAAAGCAUGUCAACCGUCGCCACCUAUGCGAAGGCACCGGGCGAUAAAGAAGCCACCACACCAUGAGACAUCGAAACUAGAAGCGAAACUAGACGACCUUGUUACAUUGUUGAAGUCAAAUACUCAAGUUACGCCAAUACGAAUCAAUUCUGGCGUCAAGACUAUCACAGCAUCCGCUGGUAGAGCCGUUUUGGUGCGAUCUGAUCAACAAUCUCCCUUCAUCAAUAUACCGUCAUCUGUGACAGCUCAUCAGCUUCGCCAAGAGCGUCCUUUCCUCUGGGUUGCUAUCAUGACAGUAGCUUCAAACAACUCUAAACAGCAGACAAUAAUGUCUAAAGAAGCAAGAACUAUCUUUGCAAAGGAAGCAUUUGUUGAAGGGACAAGAACUAUGGAUCUACUUCUGGCAAUCCUGGUCUAUACUGUUUGGGAUCGAUACUUCUAUUCUGAACAAUCUGCUCUUAUUAAUCUUAUACAGCUUUCAAUUUCAAUGCUGCAUAACCUUGGAUUAGAUAAGCCACCGCCAAGAGAUCCAGCCGUCAUGCUUGCAUAUGAUCUGAAAGGAAGUGGAAAACCAGCAAGAUUAUCAAGGGUUCCAACAAAUGAAGAACGUAGAGCUCUUCUUGGAUACUAUCUAUUGAGUUCAGUGUCAUGCUAUACUCUACGUAAAGAUAAUACCUUGCGAUGGACUGGUCAUUCAGACGAAUGUCUAAAAUCACUAGAAACGGAAAAGGAGCUUGAUACCGAUGCCAUUCUGGUUCAACUGGUGAAGUUGCGUCUGAUCACCACGAGAAUCAAUGACUUGCCUUGGUCAGGUGGUCUUAAACCUGUGAGGAGUUUUGGACAUGGGAUUUGCUUGGCAAAGCCCACUAUUCUCCAAACAGUAACUCUCGGCCUGGAACUCCAUACCACGGAACGCAGCAUAUACGAAAUUGGUCUAUUGCAGGUGCACAAUGCUUGGAUUAACGUCUUUCUCAGUAUUCCGCCAGCAGAAUACAUUAGCUUCUUUGCGUUAACAUACUCCAAUAUGACUCACUAUUUCUUAAGCGCAUAUCGCCUAACAACAUUGGACAAUACUGAUGGGAACCAGACGCCAUGUAUAGAGCACCUGGAUGUCUCGUCAUUCCUAGAUCAGGCAGGAAGGAAUUUUGCGCAAGUCAACGAAACGGCAGGAAUUGAUGUUAGUCCUGAAUAUCCGGACUCUUUUAGCAUAAUGGCAAACAGGAUUCGAUUAAUUCAAGUGUCCUGGGAUGUAUCACAUAGCGUUGCAGCUAAUUCGCUUGUUAACUCUUCCAACUUUGAUAACCAUGAGCUAUACGACUUUUCAAUGGAAUUUUCAGAUGGAGAUUGGUUGAACGACUUGCUAGAUUCGCAUGAUGAACAACUUCAAUGGGAUCCAUAA